AAAAAAAAUAAAAGGGUUAACCUCCCCCCGAGGAGGCCCCCUACACCUGAAGACCAAAAUCAAAUAUCAAACCCACAGUUAGUAGACCCUGAACCACAGCCAGAAGACCCUAAACCACAGUCAGAAGACCCUAACCCACAGUCAGAAGACCAUAACCAAAAGUCAGAAAACCCUAACCCACAGUCAGAAGACCUUAACCAAAAGUCAGAAGACCCAAAGUCCAAAGACCCCCCCGGCAUGUUAAAACCUGGCAUGCCAGUGAAUGCCAUUUCUAAGGGGUACCCAUAUUUGGCCGGGGUGGUGGACACUGUCACUGGGGGAAUAGUGACAGUGCAUUUUCCUUCUUUGAAGAAAAAUGCCUGUUGCGAUUACCCCAGGGACAGUGUCCAUCCAUUCCGGCCACAAGUAGUAAAUGGGAAGGUUGAACUUCUUCAACCGUGCCCCAAAAAUAAGAAGAAGGCCUUUUCGUUGCUCGUCAAGAAAUACGAAGAGGCCUUAAUCUUAUUUUUAGGGACGAAGUAGUUCAACCUUCUCAGUUACUACUUAUGUGUACCCCUUCCCCCAC